AGCGGGAGGGACGUAAGGGUCGGCUUUCGUCGUCGGGGCGGAGGGCCGGGGUCGCCUGUUGCUUCUCCACGGGGCCGCGAACAUCGUCUGCCCCCGCGAGGAGUAGGGAGGCCCUCGUCUCGCUGAGGGAAGGGCUGGUUCUCGCUCCUGAGGAAGGUGGGAGUCAAUCACUUUGACAAGUCUCCUGAAAGGAACAGCCAGCAGGAGCUGACACCUCUUUCCAUUUGAUCUCGUGGCAAAGGCAGAGAUUGCUCCAGCAGCUCCGCACAAUAUGACGUGCUCACUAUUGCCCUCUGAACAGUCUUCUGGUACCUCUCUUUUGCCUAAAGACAAUGCCUCAUUUUCUUGGGGUUCCUCGGAUGAAGAUGAAUUGGAUGACUCCUUGUUGGAGUUUUCUGAUGGGGAAGAAGAUGAUGGCCACUUCAGUUUCACAGAGGAAGAGAUUGAGAUGCUCUUGAAGGAUGAUGAUGAGUAUGGACAGAGAAAGUGUCAAAUUCUACCUGUUACUCCUCAAGAAAAUUCUUUGUACAGCUUGGGACCAGCAGCUGAGACCCCUGGCUUCUUCAAACUACCUCAACUAAGUACAUCAGUUGGUCAUGGACCAACUCCUAGUAAAUCAUUAAACAGACACUUUGUACUUGAAAAGAAUCUUAUAAAAGUAACUGUUGUUGCACCAUUUAAUCCAACAGUUUGUGAUCCUGUGCUUGAUAAGGACAAGAUCGAUUCCUCCAAAGAAAAACCUGCCUCCCUUGGGGAACAGCCGAGAGAAGAUGAUCUUCAUCCUAGUGAGAAUAAACGUUGCACUGAAGUGGAAGGGGUCAGUCCCAGUAACUCUGCUUGGGAUGGGCCCCUGCUUUCUUCUCCUUCAAACAAUAACACCGAACAAACUGCCUCUGAUAAAAAUAUACCUGAAAGUAAGAAACCUACUCCUGUGUUCUCUCAGAUCUCCAACCAUUCAGAGGUACCUAACAGGGGAUCGUCCUGGAAAAAUAGUGGAUCACAUAAAUCAGGUUGUGAAGUGAGGACUCCAGUUGUGUCCAGUUCAUCAAACAGACAUGCUUUUGACAAGGAUUCUGGGGAGGUGAAAGGCGAGAGAAGACUAGGCAAAGUCAUUCCUGUUCUCCAAACCAGAACCAGGAUGUUUUCACAAUCAGAUCUAGAAAAACAGAAGGACAUUUAUCUCAACAAAGUCAUUGCUCAUAUAGAAGACCCAGAGGACUCUAACCAAGGUACCAUGGGAGAGCUAGAUGCUCUGAUGGACCAAGUUCAUAUGCAGAACCCAGACUGGCAGCAUCCUUCAGAUCUUACUACACGAAACUAUGCCCGGUUCCGACAGAAGCCGCUCCAGAGAUACAGUCUGAGUCAGUGGGUUGACAGAAACAAGCGGAGCCACCACCGUUUCCAGCGUCUCCCAGACUUCUCGUACAGUCCAUAUGUCUCAUCCCAUCAACAGUGACAGUCCCUGCCCAGGACCCAGUCCACUGCAGCGUCUUAUCUCCUUUGCUAUUUUUGUUUGUAUAUUUUGAGUUUUAUAUUUCACAAAAUUUUUAUUUAAAGUAUUUGUCACCUUUUGGAAAUGCACAUUACUGUCUUAAAUUUUUUUUUGAGGAUCCUUCUGAUUUAUGUGUCUGUCUAUACAUGUUUCAAGCAAUAUUAAGUAGUAUUUUUCUGUUUUCUUUCUUUCUUAUAAAUGUAAAAUGAAGGUAGCUCCCUUUUGAAGGCCUGUAUUACUUCAGAACAUCCAGGCUUAAGUAACAUACCAGCUCUUAGCUCUUAGAUGAUUAUCUCAAGGAAAUCAUCUUCCAAUCUUCUGUAAGGAAGGGAUUUGUUCUGCAGGCUACAAGCCAGUGUUACUGUUGAUGACUCGUGAAUGGGCAGAAGUCACUUUUAACAACUCCUCUCAAAAUUUGAGUGUCUUGAGUACCUGUCAGUAUUUUAAGGUUGGCGAUUCAGGACAUUUAAAAUAAGAUGGAGUAAGAGAAAAGUCCUGUUGAAAGGAUAAGUUAAAAAUGUAAAUCCUCUCCUUUCUGUACUGAUUAGCUGCCUUUAUUUUCUAAAAUUAUUGCCUUUUUUUCAUUUUCUGUUAACUAUAUCUUGCUCACAGUGUUUGUAAACCUUACACAUCGUAACUGACAGAAGACAGCUGACUAACCCUUGUUGAAUACUCUGUGGUCUUGUGACUGCUUGGUUUCUCUUGUCCCUUCAAGGAUUUUUUUUUCUCUUUUUUCUCACUCCUAGUGACCACUCUGCUCCUAGAGUUUUACAGAGGUGUUCUUAUGUCCUGGUAGACUCAGACACGCCUUUCAGAAUGCUCUCUGUUUACUGGAGAACUCCACCAGAAUCUUGCCUUGAUGACGGGCCAGUGCCAUUGAGAUGUCUGGGAAUCUUCAGUUUCAUGUGCAGAACCCCAAGUUUGUGUGUUGUGUUAAUCAAGGAGCCUCCUUGCUGUGGAAGCCUUUGGAGAGGCCCUCUUUCCUCUCUGGUUGAUUAUGGGUCCCUCUACACUCUGGAUGGUAGCGUUUGGCAUUUGGUCAUUCCCCAUCGUCACAGUAGUACUCAAGGACAUCCAGGGAAAUUGGGGUGGAGCCCGUCUGUCACGUUACCUGCUCUAGAGUGAGGUUCCAGGUUCUGACCAAAGCUGAUAGGCUUGUGUGUCUGUCUUAGUGGAUGUCUCCCAGCAGCUCUAGACAUCAUUUGAGGAGGUUACAGCAUGGUGUUCACGCCGCUGUCUUUCACUCGGUCUGCGAAGGUUAUUCCUAGUUGUGGUUUUCUUUCAUCAGUCCCAUUUUCUUAUGUGGAUAGCCCAUCCUAAAUACUGGACUCCACUUUAGAAAAGUGGGUUUUUUUGUCGGGGGAAGAGGGGUUUCGAGAUAAUGUUUCUCUGUGUAGCCCUGGCUGUCCUAGAACUUGCUCUGUAGACCAGGCUGACCUCACUCAGAGAUCCACCUGCCUCUGGCUCCCAAGUGCUGGGAUUAAAGGUGUGUGCCACCACCAUUUGACUGAAAAAGUGACUUUGAUUUUUUUUUCCCCCAAGUCUUCAGUGGGUUUGGAUGAAUGUUCCUGUUUGUUGGUUUUAUGUAGUCAAGGGUUUCUUUUUUUACUUACUCUUUUUUUGUUUGUUCGUUUGUUUGUUUGUCUUUGUUUUGUUGUUUUUGAGACAGGGUCUCCUAUAUAGCCUAGGUUGCCCUUCCAUGCACUAUUUAGCCCAAGAUGGUCUUGAACUUCUGAUCUUCCUGCCCCACUUCUCAAGUACUGGAAUUACAGGUGUGUAUCACUAUGCCCAGCAAGAAUUUUUUUUUUCAAUCCCCAAGACAGGGUUUCUCUGUGUAGUCCUGGCUGUCCUGGAACUCACUCUGUAGACUAGGCUGACCUCAAACUCGGAGAUCUGCCUGCCUCUUCCUUGAGUACUGGGAUUGAAGGUGUGUGCCACCAUGGCCAGCUUUUGACUUUUUUUUUCCCAGCAAGGAUUUUCUAUUCCUUGGUUCUUUGGUUUAGAUCCGUGACUAGACCUUCAAAGGCAGGAAUUGGAGUUCUUCUCUCAGUUGGCAUAAUUAUCAUUUACUUCCUUGAUCAUUUGUCCAAGGUGCUGUAAGUUAGCCUGAUAGAGGGAGAUAUGCCAAAUAAUCGCCUUUGGGACCAAAACAAAGUUAAAAUGUAAUCUAGCUGGAGUAGUUAGUGUGCUGAGUAGUCAGUCCCCACAGGUAACCCAGGGAGUAAAGGACAGUGUUUGCUUAGGCAGAAAUCUGAGAUGCUCUUGCUCUCCUGGUUCCGGGGGGUUAAAGACUGAAUGUAUAAUGGGAGCAUUGCCUUUGCCAAAUCAGAUGAGUGACAGGUUAACUAGAAAAUGUGACAAUCACAUUUCCUCUAGCUCAGAUAAUUCUGUUUUUCCAAAGUGUUAGCAGCCUAAUUAAAUCUGUUGGACUGGGGGAGGAGAGAGCUGUUCUCUGGUGUUAACAUGGUAUUCUUUAAGGAGAAAAACAAAGCCAAAGAAAACUCGUUAUCUGGCAUGUUAGCCUUAAAGGUGGUAAUGGGCAGAAUCCAGAGUUUUAAUCUCUUCAGAGCUGCAUAUCUCUUAUAUUAUAUUUGGUACUGGUCUCUAAGUCUUGUGUUGUAGAUUAAAUUCUUGCUGUAUUUUUAAAUUUGAGUGAGGGUUAUGUGCAUUUAACUCUACCUAACUUUUAUCAUCCGUGAUGACAUUGUUAUCACAGGGGUCUUGACAAAGCAAAAUAAAAAUUUGCUAUUUAAAUAGUUUACUUGUAAGUAAGGAGCCUGAAAUAACCAAUAGUUUUGCAUCUAAUAUGGGCUCUGAUUGACUUGCAUUGUUGUCAGGAUCAAUUAUGAAACUGAAGUUUGGUGCCUCCUUUUUUUUUUUUUUUUUAAUCAUGUUUUUCCCCUUGUAGCAGUUGUGUUUAAUGUCAUUAAAAAGAAAUAAAAGUUCUUGUCAGUGGCAUAUGUACUGUGGCCGUCUGUUUCGGGCUUCGGAGGAGGGUUCUUUGCCUUCCUCUGCGUAGGUCGUUCAGUAGGAUAUGGGAGGGUGGCAGCAUUUAGUAGAACAUGAUUCUGGGAAGGAGGUGCUUGCUCCCUGCUCUUUGGAGGGUAAAUUACAGUGUUGAGGAAGGCGUUCCAGCAGUUAAGAAAUGUUGAGAUUGAUUGGGAUUUGCAGCUACAUAUGGUGCAUGUCAGGAGCCUGACAUGGGAGAGCCUGAAAUAUCACUGUGCUGCUGAUUUUGCAGAGGGGGAGACCAUGCAGCACCAUUAGGCACGCAGUUCCUUGCAUUCCUUCUCAUGGCUCCCUGUUGGCCACUGUGUCUGUUUCUCUCGAGCUAGCACUAAGGAGGAAACCAUGCUAUUCCAGGGUAUUCUCCCUUUGAAGAUAGGAGAAGCCAGAAUCAGUCAUUUGAAAUUGGUGGUUCUUAACCCAACUUCUCUAGAAAUUUUUGCUCCAAGAAACUGGUGUGAAGAUUGGAUGGAUGUGGGUAAAUAAUGGAGAAAUAACAGUUUGUAGAUUCCGUUUAUGAACCUGAUCUUCUUAGAUUUACCCCUAGGAGCAAGGAUACAGGAGCAGCAAUGAUGGAUUGUCACCUACAUUAGCCAGUGCUCUUCAAAUCUUGCUCCUGCUGGGAAAAUGGCAACAGACUUGGACAGGCUCCCUGACUUGCUGUUCUGUGUGUGUGUGUGUGUGUGUGUGUGUGUUUAAACAUUUUUUAGUGAUUUAUCGUUCUUAUUUUAUGUGCAUUGGUGUUUUGCCUGCUUGUAUGUAUGUCUGUGUGAGGGUGUCAGAUCCCCUGGAACUGGGGUUACAGACAGCUGUGAGCUGCUUUUUGGGUGCUGGGAAUUGAACUUGGGUCCUCUGUAAGAGCAACCAGUGCUCUUUACCACUCAGCCAUCUCACCAGCCCCACUGGGGGUGUUUUUGAGAUAGGAUCUCAAUAUUAAAUGCAGACUGCCUCCCAUCUCCUGAAAGGAAGGAGAUGAUUACAGGCAAGUGCCACCAUGCUAAAUUCUAUCUCAAUUUGGUGUGUGUGUGUGUGUGUGUGUGGCUAUUUGAUAUGCUUGUCUCAGUGUGUAAUUUCUUGACUUGCAUAUACUCACUGUUCCUGUCAAGUGUAGAGGAUCUUUUGGCCAUUAUUUCCCAUUCAUUAGUGUCAGUUUCUACCCUAGGCAUCAAAAGUUUCAGAGACCAGGAUAAAUUAAUUCUCUGAACUGAUUGUAUCUCAUAACUCCCAUUCAUCUUGUUACAGAGAAGUGGGUAGAAAAAGAAGAAAAUGGAUCUUCUCUACAGGGAGCGAGCAAGCUCAUUCUCUAAGGAGGGCAUCUUGAGCUUUUAUAGGAUAAGAAACCAAUGUCCUGUUUUGUAGGAGAAAAAAAUUAUUCCCCCAACAAUCGCAGAGUUUGGGGUGUGUGUGUGUGUGCACACGCACGUGCGCAGGGCACCUGUCGAGUAAAUGUUUGCAUUUGUCACAGAGAGAGUCAGCUGGUCAGGGUUGGAAUUCGUAAUGAACAAGCGCGCCGGCCUUGUCAUUCCAACCCAUUUACUCCCCACAACAGCCGGAGCACGUAGAUGGAAAGUCUGGCCUUCCCCAGUACCCAGUCAGAGACAGGAGGGUAACAUUUAAAGGGGCCUAAGUGACAAUCCUGAAAUGUGUCCCCAGGCUAUUAUCUGUAUACAGAGAUCUCCUUAACUUAGUUUCAGGCUGUAUUUUCAGGUUUGGUAUUUUUUUCAACCAUGGGCUGGUCCUGGGGGCAGUCAGAGUAUCUUGUUUAUAGAAGCAAUUUGCUCGUGGAGGCUACUUCUUAAAAGAAAAAUCAGUAAGGAAAAAAUAAAGAAAAAUCUGAAAGAUCAUCCUCGAUAGCCUGGUGAGGUGUUACGCAUGUCUGGAAAGGGCUGGAUUAGAUUUUAGAGGACACCUGUAUUGAAAAGCUAGGGGUUAGAAGACAGGAGAAAGGACCCCUGCUUCAGAUACCCAGCAGUCUUCCUCCUCCCUUAGCUCCUUGGCCUCCACUGUGUUUCUAGAACAGCCUUUAGCCAGUACCCUGGGUGGGUGGGCUCUGGAAAUCCUCUAUGGUAUUGGUAGAAAGGAAGCCUGCUGCACCCUCAGAGAAGUGACUGCCCAAGGUCAGGGGCUCCUGCCUUUCUGUCCAGCUUCUUCCCACAGGCCUGCUGUGGUCUUGGUCACAGAGCUUUCCCAAAUUGCAAGAACUCUUUGGAGUCACCUGAAAGGAAUGGAGGAACCACUUCUCAAAUAAUAGCUGUAGAGUUUGACUGCAGGUGACACUUGAUUCAGGAAGAGUGCAGCCCUUAUUUCAGGAGAAGGAAGACAGAGCCGAAGCUAAAGGAGCAGUUGGCUGCCUUCAGAUCCUUUAUGGCGAACCACAGGCAUGGGUGAACAGCGAGCCUUGCCCCCCAGCUGACAGGCUCUCCAAACCCCACCAACUACCUCUACCUAAUGCUUCUCAGUUGGAAGUACAUGGGCAGAGAGCCCAGGCAGUACCUCUCUGAGGUUUGGCUUGGAGAUUUGUCUGUUCCAAGGCUUCUGAGACCUUCUUUUUCCUUUGCUUUCAGAACCUGAACAGCCUACUCUAAGCACAUCUGACAUUCUCUCCCCUGGCUCUGGACAGGAAUGUUCGAGGUGCCCCAUUUACUGGUUCGCUCAUUGGCUAAUGGCAUCAUUACUCUGCCUGCCUUUCAGCCUGCUGUUGGGAUCUUAAUGAUGUUCCUUUAACAGCCCAGAGGAGCACGGAGUGAAUACUGAAUGAUUUCUGCAGAAAGCAGCCUUGGUAACUCUUCAGUCCUUCCUUACCCACCCCAGAUGAGAGCCACAGUCCUCUGGCAGGAAUAAGCGCACAGCACUAUCCAGAGAGGAAAACCCUUUGUUUGAAGAAACUGAGCAGGCGCCUGCAUACCUAUGUGGUGAGGCAGCCCCAGCUGAGCUUAGAGAGGAGCCUCAGAAAGAGGAUGGUAGAGCUGCUAUUUUCUUCUCCUACACGUGCACCCCCAUCUGUUCGAGAAUUCCCUUCCAACUCCAGCUUGGCUGGCAGGCAUGUCCCUAAGAAGCUGCAGGCCAAAAUGGAAGAGAACUGACUCCCUCCUCCACACAUCCUGACUUGCUGCCAAUUGCCAGAAAAAGAGGGCAACGCUUAGGCAUUUACCAGAGGACAAGGGUGUGCCUUUUCAUUUGUCUUUAUUUUACAUUUAAAAAGUGGUUAUUGCUCUAACUGGAUCGAGGUAAGGACCUCUCUUAAGGAGCCUUGGCCUUGCAGCCCCAUUCAGCAGGGAUGGAAGUCACAAGACAAUGAGUGGAGCCUCAUGCCCUCCCAGGAGGAAGCCCUUAGUAUUGCUGACAUCUGCCCUUAUCUGUCUCUCCUCUCCUGUGCUGCCACACUCGGUACAAGCAGAACGGUGGCUGACCCAGCCUUGAGAGCUGUUAGAGACCCGAAUGAAGGGGCAGUCGUUGGGUGAUGGCUUUUAGCUCUCUGGCUUGGGCACCAGUGCUCAUCAUUCAGUACAACAGGUACUCACCAAGCACCUACUGUGUGCUGGGAACAGCUCCCACACUACCUUGGCCACCAGUGGAAGAUGGAGAGUCCACUUUUCCCAUUUGGCAGCCAUGGUGCAUCAGUCCCAGAGAAGUCUGCUUGCCUCAUCAAGCACCUUUUUUUUUUAAACCAGAAGGGGCAGAGGAGAGAGAGAGAGAGAGAGAGAGAGAGAGAGAGAGAGAGAGAGAGAGAGAGAGAGAGAGAGAGAACUAGCU